GGACGACGCCCCAGCUGAGAAACAGUUCGUGGGUUGCCUAUCAACCGCUCAUACACCGGCCCGACCCAUCACAACCAUGCUAGGGCUUGUUGAGUGUGCCAGUGUCGUACAGAUGACACGCUAACUGAAUGAUGGACUAAUCAUCGGCAUUUUGUUUUUCCCGAACACUAUUAAAACCAUCCCGAAAAAAUCCCGAUCUGGAAUUCUGAGAAUAUUACGGAUAUUGCGGGGACGUUAUAGAAGUAGCUAGCCGAGAGCUACUUUGGCUUUGACCACUGCGGGCAGGUGGACUUUCAGGAUGCAGCAGUAUUAAGGAUGCUGAUUGUCUAAGCUUUACUCAUGAUGAUUGCUACCGGUUCCACCAACAACACUAAUGGCACCCAGGACUUCUGCUAUUCGGGCCGGAUCCGCAGUACUGUGCUCCAGGGCCUGCCCUUUGGAGGAGUGCCCACUGUACUGGCCCUGGACUUUAUGUGCUUUUUGGUGCUGCUAUGUGUGUUUUCUUUCUUGAGGAAGGUGGCUUGGGAUUAUGGCCGCCUCGCUUUGGUCUCUGAUGCUGACAGUAGGCGGAAUAAACACUAUCAGCGUCUGGACGAGCAGGAAUAUGUUGCCUCCGCCAUGCAGACGCCUGCUGACUCCCGAUAUGAGCGUCUCACCUCUGUCUCCAGCUCGGUCGACUUUGACCAAAGGGACAAUGGUUUAUGUUCCUGGCUAACUGCCAUCUUCAGGAUAAAAGAUGACGAGAUCAGGGAGAAGUGUGGUGAAGACGCGGUGCACUACCUCUCGUUCCAGCGGCACAUAAUUGGUCUGCUGGUGGUGGUGGGCGUGCUCUCUGUGGGCAUCGUCCUGCCUGUCAACUUCUCAGGAGACCAAUUAGUGGAGACAGGAAACUUUGAGAAUAAUAAUGCCUACAGUUUUGGGCGAACUACAGUAGUCAACUUAAAAUCUGGUAACCACCUGCUAUGGCUGCACACUAUAUUUGCCUUCUUUUAUCUGUUACUGACUGUGUACAGCAUGAGGAGACACACAUCAAAGAUGCACUACAAAGAGGACGACUUGGUGAAACGCACUUUAUUCAUUAGCGGGAUUGCAAAAUAUGCAGAAGAAAGCGAAAUAAAGCAGCAUUUUGAGAAAGCAUAUGAAAACUGUGUGGUUCUGGAUGCUCGCAUUUGUUACAAUGUCGCCAAACUAAUGUCUUUGGAGUCUGAAAGGAAAAAGGCUGAACGCAGUAAGAAGUUUUACACCGAUCUGAUGUCCAGGGAGCACAUCCCGACUAUGAUUAACCCCAAACCCUGCGGCCACCUCUGCUGCUGCAUCAUCAAGGGCUGCGAGCAGGAAGAGGCUGUGAACUACUACACUAAGCUUGAGGCCAAACUGAAGGAAGAAUACAGAAAAGAACGAGAAAAAGUCAACACUAAACCUCUGGGAAUGGCCUUCGUUACCUUCCAGAAUGAAGCCAUGGCAGCCCUCAUCCUGAAAGAUUUUAACGCAUGUCAAUGUCACGGUUGUCACUGUCGACGACAGCCAAAGUCCUCCCCGUUCAGCAGCCAACUCCACACAUACAACUGGACGGUCUCAUAUGCUCCAGAUCCACAAAAUGUUUACUGGGAGCAUUUGUCCAUUAGUGGCCUGAACUGGUGGGUCCGCUGCUUUGUCAUCAACUGCUUUCUCUUCCUCCUCCUCUUCUUCCUCACCACCCCUGCUAUCAUCAUCUCCACGAUGGACAAGUUCAACGUCACUAAACCUGUGGAAUACCUGAAUAACCCCAUCGUCACUCAGUUCUUCCCUACCCUGCUGUUGUGGUGCUUUUCGGCCCUCCUCCCUACCAUCGUCUACUACUCCGCCUUUUUUGAGGCCCACUGGACACGAUCUGGAGAGAACAGAACAACCAUGCACAAGUGCUACACCUUCCUCAUCUUCAUGGUUCUGCUAUUGCCAUCUCUUGGAUUGAGCAGUUUGGAUCUUUUCUUCCGCUGGCUUUUUGAUAAGAAAUUCCUUGAUGAGGCAACAAUCCGAUUCAGGUGUGUCUUCCUGCCAGAUAAUGGAGCUUUCUUUGUGAACUAUGUUAUUGCGUCUGCCUUCAUUGGUAACGCCAUGGACCUGUUACGCAUUCCUUAUUUCCUCAUGUACAUGAUCCGGCUGUGUCUGGCGCGCUCUGCUGCAGAAAGGCGCAAUGUAAAGAAGCAUCAAGCUUAUGAGUUCCAGUUUGGAGCUGCUUAUGCUUGGAUGAUGAAUGUCUUCACUGUGGUCAUGACCUACAGCAUCACCUGUCCAAUUAUUGUACCAUUUGGAUUGAUGUACAUGCUUCUGAAGCAUCUGGUAGACCGGUAUAAUAUGUAUUAUGCCUACUUGCCCUCCAAACUGGAUAAGAAAAUCCACUCUGGAGCUGUCAACCAGGUGGUGGCAGCACCUAUACUCUGCAUCUUCUGGUUGCUCUUCUUCUCUACUGUCCGUCAAGGAUUUGGUGCUCCGACAUCCAUGUUUACUUUUGUGGUUCUGAUCAUCACCAUCAUUAUUUGCCUCUCGCAUAUAGUCUUCGGUCAUUUCAAAUACCUCAGCGCGCACAAUUACAAGAUUGACAUGGAUGGUGUGGACAAUGGACGACUGCGAGGUUCAUCCCCACCGGUCAAGUCUAUGCAGACGUACAUUGCUCAAGUGCUACAGGACCCAAACUCAGACGAGACCGGAAGUGACCAGGGUCAAGGGUCAUCGCAGGACGAGGAAGGGGUGACCGAGGGUGACUUCCAGUCAGGAGAGGACAGUCUAAUUGAAAACGAAGUGCACCAGUGACCCAGGCCGGGCCACGGCAUGUGCUGAACUGAGAGAAACUAGCAGGACUCCCCACAUAACCAAACGGAGAUACACUACACUAACUGUGUGUGAGUCCAUCCCAGCUGACAGCUCAAACACUCCUUUAUCUUUAAUGUUUGGAGACAGGAUGGCCAAUUGUCAAGAACCUGGAGAGUGGCUUGUGAUUGUACUCCAAUAUUGUUCAUCAUAGUUUCAUAAUUCAUCCUCACAUUGUUUGUCCUGGAUUUGGUAGGUACAGAGUUUCCUGCCGUUACAAUGCAUGUUUAGUCAGUAAGACCAAAAAUAUAAAUGAUUAGCAAAAAAAUGAAUUAUGACAGCUGUAGUGCUGUAUCAGUUGGCCAGUAAUGUUUUAUAAUAAUAUAUUUGCUUACAGAUUUCACCCUUAAAUCUUUUGCAUUAAAAGAUUACUUAUUUGGUGACAAUUACAAGUAAAAAUAGGUAGAUUGCAACAGACUUUAACAAUUACAGUAUAAAGGACAGUUCUAAGAUAGUCGAGAGCUUAACGUGUUGCAUUUAAGAAAACACAUGCAAUUACAAAAAUUGCACACAAAAUAAGAAAAGAUCCUCCUCACAACGCAUACACAACAGUGCUGCAUUUUCCUACAACGCAAAUAAAUCAAUAAAACUUGCUGCAUUUUCCUACAACGCAAACAAAUCAAUAAAACUUGCUGCAUUUUCACACAACUCAAACAUUAAUAAAAUGCGCUGCAUUUUCACACAACGCAACAGUUUACGAAAACGCCUGCAUUCACACAACGUAACAAUUAACGAAAACACACUGCAUUUUCACAUAACACAAAUAAAUUAAUAACGCGCUACAUUUUCAUGUAACAAACAAAUUAAUAAAACUUGCUGAAUUUUCAUGUAACAAACAAAUUAAUAAAAUGCUCUGCAUUUUUAUGUAGCACAAAUUAAUUAAACACGCUGCAUUUUCACAUAACAAAUUAAUUAAACACGCUGCAUUUUCACAUAACAAACAAAUUAAUUAAACACGCUGCAUUUUCACAUAACACAAACAAAUUAAUUAAACACGCUGCAUUUUCACGUAACACAAACCAAGAAAACAUGCUGCAUUUUCUCACAAUUUACGAAAACGCCUGCAUUUUCACACAACGCAACAAUUUACAAAAACGUGCUGCAUUUUCCCAUAACACAAAAAAAAUUGACAAACCGUGCUGCAUUUUCCCACAACGCAAACAAAUUAACAAAACGUGCUGCAUUUUCACACAACACAAAAAUGAGCAAAAAUGCACUGCGUUUUCUCACAACUCAAACGAAUUUUAAAAAACAUGCUGCGUUUUCACCCAACGCAACAAUUUACGAAAACACAGCAUUUUCACACAAUGAAAACAAAUUAAUAAAACAUAAAAAUGAAAAUAGAUAUAUAUUAUUUUUUAUUAGUCUGAAUAACCAUAACUUAAUAGCCAGGUUCGUCACAUUUUAGGUUCUCUUAAAACGUUUCCGUUGUGUUUCAUGCUAUUUAAAAAUGUUGUAAGAAAAUGCAGCACGUUUUUGUAAAUUGUUUGCAUUGUGAGAAAAUGCAAUGCAUUUUAUUAAUUUGUUUGCAUUGUGAGAAAAUGCAGUGCGCUUUCGUAAAUUGUUUGCGUUGUGAGAAAAUGCAGCACACGUGCAUUCAAACAACUGAAGAAAUUUUCUUAAUUUGCUGUCGUUUUUGUAAUGUUUUCUUAAAUUGCAGCACAUUAAGCUCUCUCAGCCACCAUACAGUUCACCCAUAAAUAAAAUACAAUUUUCUCAGUAUGAAAUAGUUCUAAACUUUCUUAUAAAUUCUGAAGUAUGAUGGAAGCCAGCAGCUAUUUACAUCAAUAGUAGGAUAGAAAAAAAUACCAUAGAAGUCAUUGGCUGUUUCUCUGAAAGAAACUCAAUUGACUUGCAACAAGUAGAGGAUAAGUAAUGAAGAAUGACAGAUUUUUCAUUUUUCUGUGAACUAUACCAGGAAAUUGUGAUGUCAAAUGUAUUAAUGUGCAUUCAUUUACUUUUAAGCUGUCCAUUAAGUAGAGUUAAGUAUCCAAUUAUAGUACAGAAAACAGAGAGCCCUAAAACAUUUCAUAAUCACAAAUUGUAUCUCAUAUUGUAAUAAAUUUUAUACAGUCAAGCCCUAAAUGAUUCAUAGCCCUGGCAAAUUCUGACUAUUCAGUAAGUACCUUUUCCUUAAAAGUAUCAUUUCUUAAGUUAUUCCUUUAUAGAAGUUAUAUAUAGUAAGUUAUAACUUAUAUAAGUUAUUAGUAUUAUUAUUCCUUAAGUUACAUUUACUCAGUGAGUAACCUGAAAUCACACAUAAUAAGAUGAUAAUGAGAUAAGACGAUGUACAAGAGACAUCAUUGUAGAAAAUAAACAUUUCACAGCUUUUAUUUACAAUUGAACUUUACCUUUAAAUCAGAAUUUGCCAGGGGUGUUAAUAAUUUCAGGCUUGACUAUAUUAUUAUAAAUGCUCAAGCUUUAGAAACCAAAUAUUUUCCUUGGGUCAACUGAAAUAGCACUACAUCAUAAAGUAUUUUAAGAUUAGACAAAAAAAAUCAUGCAAUUUCAUAUCUCUAUUAAAGUGAAUGUAUUUAACAUAAAAGCCACUGCUAGUUCCUCUUGAAUUGGGUUAUGUCGGGAAAAAAAAAAACAGGAUGAUGAAGCUCUGAUUUAACAGACCGUGAGGGGAAAACAGCCGCCGAACACUAACUCUCUCACCGUAAUAUACUUGAACUGGAAAAGCCACUAUUUAGAGCGUCUGACAGACUCAAAUCUCUGGAACUCUUAAAGGUCAAAAGCAUCUCCUGUCCACCCUUCCGUCUUCAGCAUAUCCAGUGUUUCAACAGUUUAAAUGUAACUACUAUCACACUGCUAAUGCGCGAUACUGCUGUCUGAAUCAAAUGGACCAACUUUGGAUCAUGUUGCUCUACUGUGGAAUGUUGUCAAUAACUGGAUACUGUAGCGAGAUGCACAGCAAAUCCCCAAUGCGGACAUAAGGAUUUGCUGCUGAACGUGAAUAUGUUUUUCUUUUUGUUAUGCAUGGGUAUGAUAGCAAUGCUUUCAUCAGGUUUGUUGAUUUGGUUUCUUUAACAAGUAUAGACACUAACUGUUAUUUGAUCAGCUAACAUGCUUUACUACUCAUAAAUACAGUAAAAAAUGACAUGGGAAACAGUAUAACAUCAAAUCUAGCAACACUCUCAUUGGGUCAUGUGUCCUUAAUAUGGCCUUCUUUAUUGCUAUGGUGGUGUUUUCCUUGGCAUUUCUACAAGAGAACUGGAACUGGUGGUUCUUACCUGUGUGCAUUUACAAGCUGCUUGCUUGCAGUUGUGAACUGGGUUUAUGCAUCAUUUAGUGGUUGAAUCUGGAUUAAAACAAGAACAAAAACUAGUUAAAUCACCCGUUUAAUGACCACUUUUAAAAUUUAGUUCAUAUGAUUUUCCUACGAUCUCCGAUUAAUAACAUAUUGCAUUUUUUUUGUUCAAUGUAAAAGUGCAGAAACAAGAUAUCUUCAGAGUUUUUCCCUUUCGGAAAUGAGCAGACAAAGGCUGUGCCUGAGUGCUUGCUUUAAAAUCACCAUCACCUCCCCUAAAUUGGUUGAUCUUUCCUGCUAGUUGGCUCUAAAUAGUUCUCAUUGUGUCAUUUAUUGUUUACAGGAAUAGCAAUGCAAUGGUUAAACUGUCUUUUUCCGCAUCAAACGUUGACUUGAAAUGGUCGUCAGGUGUAAGCUUAGAACAUUAGCAAGCUAAUCGGUGAUGUUUUAGUUCAUUUAUGUAAAUCCCACUAAUCACUGAGGAGCUUUGUAACUAUUAAAUGCAAAUAACACUGUAGGCUAUGCACUUUAUGUGAAAAUAUGUAACAUUAUCACGGUGUAUGUAAUGAUAUCAAGCCAUUUUUGUUAUUGAUCUCGUUUGGACGUGUACCUGGAUGCUCCUGCUGCUUACAUACUGUAGGUGAUGAUGUGUCCGUAUGACUGCAUCCUGGAUCUGUUUAGGAAAAAGAAAACAAAACACUGUUCUGAAGCAUGAUGCGGUGGCAAUAAUUUAUUUAUGCAUCUCUCUAGGCUUUAUUUCCCAUUUGUUACAGGUGUCGUCCGCGAUAUUUAUUUCAUUCGUCUGUUAUAUUUUCCAUCUUCUGAAUUAACCGGCCGUUGACCUGGAGUGAAGCGGUUAAUCGGUGUGAUAUUUUUGUACAUAGAAUCAUUGCACUGCUCUUCAAACACUAAACUGUAUUUACAUUUGUACAGCUUAGCCAGCAAAACCCAUGUACAGUCGACCAUGCAUUGUUUGCUUUUCUUCCAUUCGGAUUUCCCCUUAAGAUCGUACUUUGCUUGCGAUUGCUGUUUUUAAUAGUUUUGUAUCUCAACCUCCCCCUCAGAUGAUCUUUUGUACAGCGUCAUCCUCAAACUCUUCCAUGUCUUUGAACAAUAAAAGAGUCAUUAACUGACAAAACCAUA